AGGGAUAAGAUCAGAGAAUAUUUUCUCUCUAUUUUCUGGGCCUUUUUCUUCUCUACAUUCCUCUGUUCUUCAUUUUGUUACACAUGUUCACCAGCUAGUUCAGCAGAACUAGAUUCUUGACGAAGUUCAAUAAUUCCUUCACUUUAGCUCAACUAUAUAUUUCAAUUCCAUUACAGUACUAUAGCUUAAUCUCUCCUCCAUUUUUCUUUAACUCGUGACUUGAAACAAAUCAAUUCAUGGAUCCCGCACUGUACAAGGCAGCCAUGGAAGGCAAUACUGGAGUGCUUUGUCUAUACAAGGACCGGCUCGGCCAUCAAUUGACCCCAAGAAACAACACUGUCCUCCAUGUGGUCGCCCAGUUUCAGGACAACAGAGAAUGUGUCAAAGAAAUGCUGAUCCAGGAGCCAUCUCUACUUAGGCAGGUGAAUUCCAAAGGGGAGACUGCCCUUCAUAUUGCAGCCAGGAGAGGGUGCUCCGUUACAGUCAAGGAGCUUCUUGCUUUUGCGAAAAACCGAGCCGAUCCUGAGAGCGACGUUGCAGUCACCAAGGAGCUUUUGCGGAUGGCAACGUUGGAGAAAGACACUGCCUUGCACGAGGCUGUUCGCAACAAUCAUCUUGGUGUGGUUGAGUUGUUGCUAGAAGAAGAUCCAGACUUGUCCUAUGCCGCCGCUAACAGUGCUGGAGAGACUCCACUUUACUUGGCUGCCGAGGGGGACUACCAUGAGAUCGUCUCAGCAAUCUUAGGAGGAACUUGCAGGAAUCAAGCUAAUGGCGGCCCAAAUGGAAGAACAGCCUUGCAUGCUGCCGUCAUUACCCAGUGCUCAAGUUGUGUGAAAAAAUUACUAGAUAAGGAUCAAGACUUGAUCAAAAUAGGAGACACUUACGGAUGGACGCCACUUCAUUUUGCUGCGUAUUGUAACUCGGUAACAAUAACCAACCAACUUCUUGACGUGGAUAAAUCCAUAGCAUAUCUCACUGCAAAUGAAGAUGACAAGAUGACAGCUCUUCAUGUAGCAGCUCAACGAGGCGCACAAGACCCGAUGCGAGAACUUUGGUUGCGCUGUCCUGAUUGCUUGGAGAUGGUCAAUGAGAGGGGUCAGAAUGUUCUUCACAUUGCAAUAGAUAAUGGAAACAGUGCUCUGAUUAAUGAUCUUCACAACUCUCCAUUUCCCGUUAGUAAUCUGCUCAACGAGAAGGACAUAGAUGGGAAUACACCUCUUCAUCUACUUGCAACUUCCUAUAACAACAUGAUCGGACUGAUAAGGUAUCCUGCAGUGGAUAAAGGUGCAUUCAACAAGAAAAAUCAAACUCCGCUUCAAGUAAUAAUGUCUGAAGAUUCAACUUACAAAGAGAUAAAAAUAUAGCAGAAGCAAGCAUGGAAGAAGCAUGUAAUGGCAUUUAGCAAGUGCAUGUUAUUUUGGCUCUAUGUUAUGCAGCCUAUGUAUUUAAGUUCUACUACUUUGAAUUCUGAAUGUCUAGAAAAAAAAUGAUGUAUAAUCUAAUUUAUGGUUAAUGUUAAAGUUUAGGUUUGAUUCUUACUUCCAUUGAUGAUGAACUGCCUAGCCUAGUGUAUAUGAUGUAUGAUGAAUCUCAUGCUAGAUAGGUAGAAGGAAAUUUUGGGAAUUAUAGAAUAAUUGUAUUAAGUAUGCGAAGAUUGUUUAAAAAAAAAAAAAAUUAGCCCAGAAUUUUUGAAAUUAUGACAAGGCCGAGAAAGUGGGGUGUUACAAUGAUUUUGAAUCAAAAGAAAUUAGCUCUUCCAUCCUUUGUGUUCUAUUUUUUUCUAUGUUAAAACCAACAUUUGGUAUUAGAGCCCUCUGAUCUUAAAGGGGCUGUGAGAGAAAGAGAGAAAACUAGUAAGGUCCUCCACCCUUAAGAAAACCAAAUCACAUAACCUUUUUGCAAAAAAUUCCAGAAGUGAAACCAUGGCAACCAGCAGUCUUUCCAUUUCACUACCACCACAAUUUGCAGGGGAGGACUACCAAAUCUGGAGUGUUAAAAUGGCAGCCUAUUUAAAGGCAUACGACUUGUGGGAAGUGGUCGAGACAGGUAAGGAUCCACCACCACUGCCAAACAAUCCAACCAUAGCUCAAGUGAAGCGUUAUAGUGAGCAAGUGGCUAAGAAAUUUAAGGCUCUAUCAUGCAUUCAUCAAGUAGUCUCAGAGAGCAUUUUCUCAAGAAUUAUUUCUUGUGAAACAACUAAAGAAGCUUGGGACAGAUUGAAAGAGAAGUUUCAAGGAACUUACAAGAAUAGGCAUAUGCAGUUGCUAAACUUGAGAAGAGAGUUUGAAACUCUCAAAAUGAAGGAUUCUGGAUCUGUAAAAGAAUACAUGAAUAGAGUAGUGAAGGUAGUGAAUUAGAUUAGGCUACUUGAAAAUGAGUUUCUUGAAUCAAGGAUAGUGGAGAAGGUUCUUGUCACUCUUCCUUUGAGAUUUGAAUAAAAAAUAUUUUUAUUGGAGAAUUCCAAAGACCUUUCAAAGCUAACUCUCUCAAAGUUAGCUAAUGCUCUUCAAGGAGUUGAACAAAGAAGAGCUCUAAGGCAAGAAAAGGCUUCUAAAGGUGCAUUUAGGGCUGCUCAUAAAGUAGGAAUGCAGUCCAAUAAAGGGGAAAGAAAGCAAGCCAGUGAUAGAAAAGAGAAAGAGAAGAAAGAAUUAGAAGAAAGCAAGGGAAAAGGAAGAAGAAAAUAUCCUCCAUGCUCACAUUGCAAGGGAACUAGUCAUGCUGAGAGAUAUUGCUAGUAUAGACCAGGAAUUCAGUGUAGAUCUUGCAAACAAUUUGGUCACAUGGAAAAAGUUUGCAAGAACUAAACUCAAUAGUAGCAACAACAGAGCCAACAAGCUCAAGUAGCUGAAAGCCAACAACAGCAACAAGAAGAGCAAUUUUUUGUUGCUUGUUAUAAUAACAAAUUUAAUACAAAUGUUUGUUUUGUGGACAAUGGAUGCACACAUCAUAUGAGUUCAAAUUCAACAGCAUUCAAGGAGUUAGAUAGGUCUUACGUGUCUUCUGUUAAAAUUGGCAAUGGUGAGUUGGUAGAUGUUAAAGGCAAAGGAGUAGUGGAGACAAAAUCAGGUACUAAAUUCAUUCUUGGAUGUUCUUUUUGUACUCGAAAUAUAUUAGAGUUUGUUAAGUGUGGGUUAGCUGCUAGAAAAAAAUUAUACUCUGUUGUUCAAAGAUAAAUCAUGCACUAUCAUUGAUCUUACUAACUUUGAACUUAUCACAGUAAAAAUAAAAGACAAAAGAUUUCCAUUAGAUUGGAAAACGACAAAAAUGCAUGCGUUAGUGGUGUUGUUGAUGAAUCUGUCCUAUAACAUAAAAGAUUUGGUCCUUUCAGUUAUGCUUCACUUAAACACGUGCAUCAAGAAGGUUUAGCUAUAAACAUGCCUGCAAUUCAUGAAUGUGCUAGUGUGUGUGAGGUGUGUCAGUUAGGAAAGCAAAGCAAACUGUCAUUUUCAAUUAAUAAAGUCUGGAAAGCAACUGAAAAAUUGUAAUUGAUUCAUACUGAUAUUUGUGGUCUUGUGAGGACACAUUUUCUGAGUGGCAGCGGGUACUUCAUUCUUUUCAUAGAUGACUUUUCAAGGAUGUGCUGAGUUUUCUUUCUAAAGGAGAAGUCAAAAGUUGUCGCUGUGUUUGUGAAAUUCAAAGCAUUAGUGGAGAAUCAAAGUGGCAGCAAGAUUAAAGUGUUGAGAUUGAAUAAUGGGACUGAAUACACCCCCAACAAAUUCAAUCAAUUUUGCGAGGAAACUAGCAUUCAUCAUCAACUUACAAUUACCUACUCUCCUCAACAAAAUUGUGUGAGAGUGAGAGAAAGAAUAAGACUAUUAUGGAGAUGGCAAGAUGUUUGUUGUUUGAAAAAAAAAACUUUCGAAUGAGUUUUGGGCAAAGGCAAUCAACACCUCGUUGUACCUCUUGAACAAGCUUCCAACUAAGGCACUUAAAGGAAAAACUCCAUUUGAAGUCUAGAAUGGAGUUAAACCAAAUGUGGAGCAUCUCAGAAUUUUUGGUUGUCUAUGCUAUUCUCUUGUUCCAGAGGUGAAGAGGGACAAGUUAGAUCAAAAGGCAAUUCCUGGUGUCUUCUUGGGAUAUAGCAACAAUGUCAAGGGUUAUAGAAUUUAUGAUGUGUAGACAAGGAAGGUUAUCACCAGUAGAAAUGUGAAAUUUGAUUAGUUUGGAGCCUGGAAUUGGGACAAGAAUGUUGUUGAAAUUUCAUAGAAAAUUCUUUUUGAAGGGAAUUCUCCCAACAAACAAGAUGCAACUAUAAUUCAAGAGGAAUCAAGUUCUGAUGAAGAUUUUUUAGUGAGAGGAGACAGAUCACUUGCUAACAUUUAUGCGAGAUGCAAUGUUGCAACAAUUGAACCCAAUAACUUUCAUGAAGCAAUUUAUAUAAUUCAAGUGAAUGGAAGAAGGCCAUGGAAGAAGAACUAAAGAUGAUUGAGAAAAAUCAAACUUGACAGUUGGCAGAGAGGCUAAAACACAAGAAAGUUAUUGGGGUUAAAUGGGUGUAUAGAACCAAACUGAAUUCAGAUGACUCUAUUAACAAGCUUAAAGUUAGAUUGGUGGUGAAAGGCUACUCUCAGCAAUUUGGAGUGGAUUUCUCAGAUACUUUUGCACCAGUGGCAAGGUAUGAUACUAUUAGACUUUUGCUUGCUCUAGUUGCUCAAAGAAAUUGGAAAAUAUUCAAAUUAGAUGUAAAAUCUGUUUUGUAAAUGGCUAUUUGGAGGAAGAGAUCUUUGUUGAACAACCUGAAGGAUUUGUUGUUAAAAGGCAAGAAGAUAAAGUAUAUGUGCUCAAGAAAGCUUUAUAUGGCUUAAAGUAGGCCCCAAGGGCCUGGUAUAGUAGAAUCAAUGAUUACCUCUUGAAGUUGGGGUUCAACCGGAGUAAUAGUGAAGCAAUUUGUAUGUGAAAUAGGAAGACAAAGAAACUUUGAUAGUUUCCUUAUAUGUGAUGAUCUUUUGGUGACAAGGAGUUGCAUCCCUUUAGUACAAAAUUUAAGAAGCAAAUGUGUGAGAUGACUGACUUAGGAGUUAUGACUUAUUUCCUUAGCAUGGAAAUUCAUCAAAGUCAACAAGGAAUUUUCAUUUGUCAAAGGAAAUAUGCUAGAGAAGUUUUUAAGAAGUUUGGAAUGUUGUAUUGUAAACCUAUUAGCACUCCUUUGGUAGUAAAUGAAAAAUUACAUAAAGAAGAUGGAGUUGAGAAAGUUAAUAAGGGAAUCUAUAGGAGUAUGAUAGGUUGUUUGUUGUAUUUAACGGCAACAAGGCCAGAUAUUAUGUUUGCAGCAAGCUUAUUAUCCAGAUUCAUGUCGGCACCAAGUGAGGUGAAUUUAAGAACUGCAAAAAGGUUGUUGAGGUAUGUGAAAACAAUUGAAGAUCAUGGAGUUUGGUUCAAAAAAACUUCAGAAUUAAAACUAGUUGGCUACACUGAUGGUGACUGGGCAAGCUCAAAUGAAGAUAUGAAAAGCACAUCUGGUUUCGUAUUCCUAAUUGGAUCAAGUGUGUUCAGUUGGAGCUCUAUGAAGCAAGAUACUGUGGCACAAUCCACAGUUGAAGCUGAGUAUAUUACAGUUGCAACAACAGUGAAUCAGGCUAUUUGGUUAAGAAAGUUUUUGGUUGACUUGAACCAAGAACAAAAGAUUCUAUUGAGAUUUAUAAUAACAAGUUAGCAGUUGCAAUUGCUAAGAAUCCAGUCUUUCAUGAAAAGACCAAGCAUAUAAAAAUCAAAUAUUAUUUCAUAAGAGAAGCAGAGAAGGAGAAAAAAGUUGAUCUGAUGCAUUCCAGCUCUACAAUUCAAAUGGCUAAUAUACUGACCAAGGCACUACCAAGAACCAGAUUUAAACAACUAAUAUUGAUGUUUGGAGUUAGCAGCAAACUUGCUAAGAAGGAGUGAUGGUGCUGUGACAAGCUUGUUGUCACUAUAUAAUUUUUUUUUCAUUAAAUUAGAUGUAUCUAGAUAUUUUUGACAAGUUGUGGUGAAGCUUAAUUGAAGCUUAUUUUUUUUUGUAAAAAGAGUGAAUGAGCUUAAUUUAAGCUGCAUAUUUGCAUAUAGGAGUUGGUAGAGUUGGUAAUGUAUUUGAAAGUCUUGGGUGUAAUCUCUAUAAGUAUGGUUUUGAAUCAAAAGAAAUCAACUCUUCCAACCUUUGUGUUCUGUUUUUCUCUAUGUCAAAACCAACAAUUAUCGAGACAUUGUUAAUUUGUUCAAAAUAUGUUUAAUUAAUAUAUAAUUAUUAAAUUAAUAAGCUCAAUAUAAAUCAAGUGAAAAUUUUUAGACAAAAUAGAAGUUCACUAUAUAAAGGUUACAUAUAUGUUAAAACAUUUGUGCUCAAUAUUUUCAAUGACAGUCAAAAAAGAUAAAUGGUAUCAUGAAUAAUGAUAUUCGAAUGGAAGUACUUAGGUUGAAUAGGCUGAAAUCAAAUGAGAUUUUUGGAUAUUAUGUAUGUACUGUAUUCCAACUGCAUGAUAAAAAAUUAAAAAGUCUGUGCUGGUAAGUAAAUGGAGUUCAAUUAAUGUGGCUUAGUAGGAGUGGGUUUCGAUUCAUGAUUAUUACUUAGAGAUAUAAUAUCACGAUAUAUUCGAGUUCAUUUAAUUAGUUUAAAUUUCAAAUCUUUUGAAACAA